AUGAAUCGACCUUAUGAGUCGCUCAUCAGACCUCACCAUCAUUCAAUAUUCGGCAAUUCAAAUCGUCAUUUAUCUCGUCGACAAAGAACAGCUUCAACUCUCCGAGAAACAUUUGGAAGUCAAGUUCUUCGAGAACUCGAAGAAACAACAACCAAUUUCAAAGAUGUUCUAUCAUUUUAUCGUUUUCCAUGGUCACAUUUUCGACAAAAAAGGGAUUUGAGUAAACAAAGAAGAUCAACAUUAUAUUCAUUUUAUUUCGAACAAGUUAACAGUGGUCGAAUACAAUUCUCAUUUGUUAUUAUAUUUUUAAUUGGAAUGAGUGAAGCAAUUUUUGGAAUGCUCAAAAAUCAAUAUUAUAGUGCUAUUAUUCUUCUUAUUAUUUGUAUAAUUUAUUCAAUUUUAUCAUUUUUCUAUUCCAAAAAAACACAAAUUAUUUGCUUCGCAUCUGUUAUAACAUGUAUUGUAAGUAUCUUUUUUCAAAGGUGAAACCAUUCAAUCAAGAAAAUUUCAGGUAAUAACCUCAUGCUCUGUUCCUCGUUUUCCAGUUUCACAUCUUCUAAUAUUUGCAACAUAUUCAUUAUUACCAAUGCCUUUAUUUUUCAUGCUUAUUUCAACAUUUCUUCUAACAUUCACAAUUGGAUGCAGUGAAUUGUUCAAUCUCAAAACUUUGAAAACCGGAACUGAAGUUGGGGAUCUUGAUGUUUUCGAUCAAUUCAUUCCAAGGCUUUUGAUGUUAUUGAUUGUUAAUAUUAUUGGAUGUUUAGUGUAUUAUCCCACUGAAUUUGUGCAACGAAAAACAUUUCAUGAAACACGGUGAGUAAAGUUUAGUAAAAAUGAAAAUCUAUUUCAAAAAAAAAUCCUCAUCAGAUGUUUCUUUCAUAGUUCUUCAAUCGAUCUUUUUUUUGUAGGAAAUGUGUUCAAUCUCGAAUGUUAUUAGAUCGUGAAAUGCAUCGUCAAGAGAAGAUUUUAUUAUCAGUUCUACCAAAACAUAUUGCAUUCGAAGUCAAAAAAGAUAUGCAAGAAACUCAAGAAGAACGUCUAUUUCACAAAAUUUAUAUAAAAAAAUACGAGGAUAUAAGUAUUCUUUUUGCUGAUAUUUGUGGUUUCACAAAUCUUGCAUCAGAAUAUACAGCUGAAGAUUUAGUUCUGAUGUUGAAUGAAUUAUUUGCUCGUUUUGAUAAACUUGCAUCAAUUCAUGAAUGUAUGCGAAUCAAGAUUCUUGGUGAUUGUUAUUAUUGUGUUUGUGGUGUUCCUGAAUAUCAAAAAACACAUGCAGCAAAUACGGUUGAAAUGGGUUUGGAUAUGAUUGAAGCAAUUAAAUUAGUUCGGGAUAUGACACGUGUCAAUGUUAAUAUGAGAGUUGGAAUACAUUCUGGUAAAGCACAUUGUGGAGUAUUAGGAUUGAAAAAAUGGCAAUUUGAUGUAUGGAGUGAUGAUGUAACAUUAGCAAAUCAUAUGGAAAGUGGAGGAAUUCCAGGGUAAAUAUUUUGAGAACGUUUCAGAGAGAAAUAAAAAAUGAUAUUUCAGAAGAGUUCACAUAACUGAUGCAACAAAACAAUCAUUAGAUGAUGCUUAUGUUUUGGAACCUGGAAAUGGAAGAUCAAGAUCGAAAUAUUUGGAAAAAGAAAAAGUGACCACAUGGCUGGUUGUGGAGAAAAAUGACAAACAAAUUAGCCAAAAUGGAAAACUAUUUCCUCUUCCUCGAACUAAAACAACGGUUAGUUGGUGAAAAAUACGGAAUGAAAAUAUUUUCAAAAACUAUUCCAACAGUUCCAUUAUUUUCCAGAAAGGAAUGAGCAAACAAGAAAGAAUAACUGGAAUAACAACAGCACGUGGAAGAGGUGGAAUGUCAGAUGAAGAAGUGUUAGUCGAAAAUGUUGAUUCGCAUCUUCGACAAGGAAUUCAAGCAAUUCAUCAGGAAAAUUGGAAAAGUUUGUAUUGUAAAAAAUGGACAUUGAAAUAUAAACAAAUCAAAGUCGAAAAUAAGUUUGUGAGAAUGAAGUUCAGACAUUUAUUAUUUCAAUUGUUCAUGUUUUUGGCGGUUACUAAUUUGGCUGUUUGGAUUGUGACAAAUCGAAAUAUAUUUGAAAGUUAUCCAAUGAUUGUUUCACAAUGUAUUAUUGCACUGACUGUUGGAAUGGUUUAUGGGUUUAUCAAGGUUUGUCAUUUUCUAGAAUUAUGUAUUUUGAAAUUGAGUACAAUAAUAUUUCAGUUUCUGAUAAAAUAUGUUCGACUGAUAAAUACAAUCGUCAGUUUCUUAUUAUCUGUUCUUGCAAUUCAUCUUGUUAUUUAUUUGGCAUUGGUAUUUGAUGGCAAAAAAGACGAACAUUUCCAACUCCUCGAAUUAUUCACAAUCUAUUCAUUAUCUACUUGCAUUAUUUUAUCAGCUGAUUUUCCAACAAAACUUAUAAUGACUUCAAUAUUCUGCAUAUCAUUUGUAUCAGCAACAUUCCAAUAUAAAUUUGAUGAAUUGGCUCAUUCUUUAGCUGUUACAGUUAUUACUUUCUUAUUGGUGUUAUUCAGUACAAGAAGAAGUGAACUGAUUGCUAGAUAUGAUUUUAUAUGGAAACUUCAGGUAUUUGUUCUAUCAAAUCAGAAAAACAGUUCUUUAGAUUAUAAUUAUAGGCGUUGGAUGAGCAACUACAAAUGAAAAGUAAACAUGAGCAAAAUCGAAGUGUUCUCGAAAAUAUUCUACCAUCUCAUGUUGCAAAACAUUUUGUUGAAGAAGCCACAAGUUUUUCUCAACUUUAUCACGAAGCUCGAGAUAAUGCAUGUGUUAUGUUUGCAAGUUUGACCGAAUUCGAUAAAUUUUAUAUUGAAUGUGAUGGAAAUAAUGAGGGAGUUGAAUGUCUUCGAUUAUUAAAUGAAAUCAUUUCGGAUUUUGAUGAAUUAUUAGAUCGAGAUGAAUUCAAAGGAAUCGAAAAAAUCAAAACAAUUUCAACAACUUAUAUGGUUGCAAGUGGAUUGGCUGGAAAAGAUGAUUUGAAGGAUAAUUCACAUGUUGAAAUUAUUGCUAAAUUUGCGCAAGAACUUCUUCGAAAAAUCACAUCAAUUAAUGAACACAGUUUUAAUAAUUUCAAUUUACGAAUUGGUAUAAAUGUUGGACCAGUUGUAGCUGGAGUUAUUGGAAUUGAUAAACCACAUUAUGAUAUUUGGGGAAACAGUGUAAAUGUUGCAAGCAGAAUGGAUAGCUCAGGAGUUCCAGGAAAAAUACAGGUAUACUUUUUUUUUUAAAUAUUCUAGGAUAUCCCACUAAUAAAAAAUGAAAAAUUCUACAGGUAACCGAAGAAGUCAAAGAUGUGUUAGAAAAACUCGGGUAUGAAUUCGAAUGUCGCGGACAAAUCAAUGUUAAAGGAAAAGGUUUAAUGACAACAUUCUUUUUGAAAACUAAUGACGAGGAUGAAUUUUGA